AUGAGCGCCAACAAAGAUCUGAGUUACGCGUUCGCUCUCAGUCGCCAAUGCUUGCGAUUAUUGGGCGCAUGGCCCGAUCCGCGUGUUCCCGUGAGUGAUUUGCGCUGUUCCAGCAUCAGGUUUAUAAUCGUCACAUGUAUCGUGAGUUUCUAUGUGAUCGUGCCGCAAUUGACGAACAUGAUUCGCGCUUGGGGCAACGUGGCUCUGAUAGUGGAGUACGUCGCCUCCGCGAAUUAUAGUUUGAUAGCGGUGUGCAAGCUGAUGGCCACCUGGUAUCACGGUGAAACACUCCGAACGCUGAUGAAAUCGAUCAUGACCGACUGGAUUAGCACGAAGAGCAACGAGAAACGAUGUACGAUGUUGAAGAUCGUAAGAAAAAGCAGAAGUUUGUCGUUUCAAUGUUUCUUCACCACAUUCGUGACGGCUGUGUUUUACAUUUAUUUUCACCUCAACACGUUCUUACAACACGUGCACCAGCUUCAACGGCCCAUUGUCUACGGUCCGUUUCCGUAUCCUUACGUGCAAAAGAGUCCGGGUUACGAGAUUACGUAUUUUACUCAAAUGUGCAGCGGUAUAUACGCGGCCUUUAUCAACUGCACCGUCGACAGCUUCGUCUCAACGCUCGUGCUGCACGUCUGUUCGCAGCUGAUAAAUCUACGAACAACACUGAACGAUCUAGUCAAAGAAGUGGCCGACAAAUCCAUGUCGUCUUUGAUGUUUCAGAAAAAUUUAGGCGCGAUUAUUAUGCGCCACGAGCAUCUCAUCAGCAACGCAAGAACAAUCGACAACUGCUACAGUGCGGUGUUGUUCGUGCACACGAUAACUCUUACGUUUCAAUUGUGCUUUCAAGCCUUUCGAGUUUACAUCAUAAUAACGGAACAUUUGGAAGUGCCUCCUGAAAAACUAUUUUUUCUCUCAUUGUACGUCGUCAUGGUGGUAACGCAUUUGUACAUUUACUGCUAUUCAUCCGAGAGACUUUUGCAGGAGAGCACCGGCAUCGCUUACGGCGUGUAUCAGUGCAAAUGGUACGAGUUGUCGUCAAAGGACGCGAGAGAUUUAAUGUUCAUCGUGCAUCGCUCCGCAAAUCCGUUAAAAUUGACGGCCGGAAAAUUCGGAACGUUUUCAAUCGAGAUGUUCGGAAAUUCAAUAAAAACGUCAAUGGGAUAUUUGUCCACAUUGUUGACAAUGAAAGGUAUAGACUAUGUACACCGUAAUAACCAGCACGACGGAUUCAUUGGAUCCAAAACCAUAGAGAUCCAACUGAAACCGAGAUUUAAUCUGACAAUUUUGGGCGUCUGGCCCGAACCGACGAAGACUUCGAAGUUGAAACGAUGCGUUUCGAGCUGUGUGUUCUGGUCGUCAACCGUCGUUACAGUUUUGUUCAUAUGUUUGCCACAAACUGUGCUUUUGAUCGUCAAGUCGACGACUCUCGACGAGAUAGUCGAGAAUUUGUCGAUCUACGUGCCGAUAGCUUUCACGGUGAUCAAACAGGUGGUGUUACGCUAUCACGGAAGAGGUAUUUAAAAAAAAAACGUUAUUUUAAAAAUAGUUCUGAAGCUACUGGUCGGUCAAAUAUUGCACGACUGGACGGAACCGAUACCGGAAGUGGACAGACGGACGAUGCUGAAGAACGCCAGGUUGAGCCGUUUGAUAUCCAUCGUGUGUUCCACUCUCACGUACGCGAUGCUCACGGCCUUUAUCGCGCUCCAGGUCUGGAGCAACAUGCAGAACACGUCGGAAACCGAUCUCGGGGGUCUUUUGCAUCCGGCCAUCUUCCCGUACGACACCAAAAAGAGUCCCAAUUAUCAGAUCACGUGGAUCGGCCAGCUCUUGGGAACGGUCCUCACGGCUAUCUGUUACUCGACCUUCGAUACAUUUCUGGCGGUGUUGGUGUUGCAUCUCUGCGGUCAGCUGACGGUGCUCCGAACGCACUUGAGAAAUCUCGUGGACGUUACGCGGAGCAACAACUUUCUCAAGUACGAGAAGAGAUUGGGCUUCAUCGUCCACAGACACGAGGAGCUUUCCAGAUUCGCCAUCAUGAUCGAGAAUUGCUUCACCUUCACCUUGCUCGGACAAACAAUGAUCUCCACCGCGAUGUUUUGCCUGACCGGAUAUCGCAUGAUUACGUCGAUGGAUCAGGACCAAGCAGAGCUGCCGCUUGUUGGCUUGGUGUUCUUCAUUAUACACGUAAUAUACACGAUGUUGCAUCUUUUUAUUUAUUGUUACGUUGGCGAGCAGCUUCUCACUGAGAGUACAGGCGUGGCGCAAUCCGCUUACGAUUCCGAAUGGUACGACUUGUCUUCGAGAAAAGCGAUAUCUUUGAUUAUUAUAAUGAUGCGAUCAAACGUACCGUUUAAAAUAACGGCAGGAAAGUUCAGCCCGUUCUCGUUGGAAUUGUUUGGUACUGCAGACUCGAAACUCUUGUACGGAUGGAAUUGUUACACUAUGACGUUUAUGGGCAUUUGGCCGGAAGAGAAGAAAAACUUCAGUCGUGUCUCGAGUUACAAAGUGAUCUUUCCGAUUCUGACGAUGCUUUGCUUCGUAUGCGUACCGCAGUCCGUCAAUUUGGCGUUUAUCUGGGGUGACUUUGAUCUGGUGGUGGAAAAUCUAUCCAUGGGAAACGUAACGAUUACAAUUUCGCUGUUGAAGAUCGUUGCGUUUUGGUUUAACGGUGCACACAUGAAGACACUCAUGUUGUGCGUGACAAGGGACUGGCGGACGGUCGCGGACAAACGGAAUCGCAGCGUUAUGCUGAACAUAGCGAAGAUCACCAGGAAUCUGUCCAUAAGAAGCACCAUAUUGGUGCAGUUGGUGGUGAUGUUGUACGUCGCGUUUCGAUGCUACACGAUACGCAGCACCGGCCGGCAGACGCUGUUCCGCGCAUACUUUCCUUACAACGAGACCAACAGUCCUUUUUACGAGUUGACCAUCGUGGGACAAUUCAUGGCCACAAUAUACGCGGCGACCGCCUACACGGCGGUGGACACCUUCAUCGCCACCCUGGUGCUUCACACGUGCGGCCAGCUCGCGAAUCUGCGCCGCGAGCUGACGAAUCUGCGCGCUUCUUCGCGAGCGGAGUUUCAGGCGAAGUUGAGAAAUAUCGCGAGAAAGCACGAGUAUAUCAACAGAUUUGCAGAAACGAUCGAAAACUCUUUCAACGUGAUGCUGCUGAUGCAAAUGCUGGGCUGUUCGUUGCAACUCUGUUUCCAGUGUUUGCAGGCGUUUAUGUCAAUAAUGGCCGAAGCUAACGAAGAACUCUUCGUCUUUCAACUCGUUUUCCUGUUUGUUUACGUAACUUACAUAAUGCUGCAACUGUAUCUGUACUGUUACAUCGGCGAAAAUCUUCUGGUCGAGAGCACGGAAAUAGCGUACGCGGCGUACGACUGCAGUUGGUACAACUUGUCAGCGUGCGAGGCGAAAUCGCUAAUGAUCAUUAUGCGCCGCGCUCGAUCGCCAUUGCACAUUACCGCCGGACGUUUCUGUUCGUUCAACCGCCAGCUCUACAGCGAGGUUCUGAAGAAAUCGCUGACUUAUAUGUCGUUUUUCAUUUCCGUGACGAAGAGGACAUCUUGAGAUUUGCAACAAUUUUCAAACCAG